CAGCGACGGAGGAGGAGACGAUACACACCACCGUCACCGCAGUUGUUUACGGCCAUAGCUGCCGACGGAACAAGAUAGGUGGACACCGUAGCUGAAUAACAGCCGUCACACCGAUAAAUGACGCACAAGAUGCCUGGUCAACUCAACAAGCCCAGAAAGAGGAAGAGCAACUCUGAGGCCAAAAACUCCAGAAAGGCUUCUUCUACAAGGAGGAAAUGUAUGAAAGGUCAGAAGGAGCACUCGGCAGCAGAGAGUUCAGUAGUCAGUGGUUACAGUAAAGCAACUGGUCCUCUGGAGACACUCUCCCGCAUCAGCUGUGAAUGCCAACAGACUGCUGGCAGGAGGAGAUGCACAGCAUCACCACUGCUUGGAGGACAGGAGGGUAAAGAGAACGAGCUGAAGAUGGUGCCGGACUGGGAUGAUUGCACGUUGUACGGCAUCUGGGACAAGCAGGAGCCUGAGGACAUGGAUUAUGAAGAAACAGACAAAAACAUUUUCCCUGAUGAUGACAGUAACCAGAUUCUCCCUGUGGAGCAGUUCUUUGGAAACUUGGACGUCGUGCAGGACUUUCCUCAAAGAUCUUCAGUGUCUUCUUCACAAGCCCGCAGGGAGAACAGGAGGCGAUAUUACUACGCGCCAGAUGACAGCGAUGAAGAGGAGGUGGACUUCAGCGGCGAGCAUCAAGACGACAGAGCGGGCACUUAGCGAAUAGUAACUGCACUUGUGACUGUGGUGGACUCAAAGUCAUGCCUGUGGGAGGACAUAAAACCUUUUAGCACUUAGGGGGGAAAAAACGGCCAAAUGAAACUACCUAUUGAGACGCUGCCUUCAGUCAGCCCCUUGUCUACGACUGAAAUCACAAGACUGUCACUGCCAGGUGCUUACGGUCACGGGUGAUGAAAUCGCCUGCUGUGACAUAUGAGUAAUGGAAGCUAAUGUGAACUUGCUGUAGCAGUUGGUUACAGUAAAGCAGAUGGGUGCAUUUAUAAACCUGGUACCAGUAGCCCACCAUGUGCUGACCCCCCCCCCCCCCCAAACUCAAGCAUCCCAGAACUUGUUCAAGUUUACUGCCAGUGUUUAUCAUCACUUUGUCAAGAGUUCAAAAGCAGGUUCCUAAUGAUAAACUUGACUGUUUAGUUUUUAACCCAUAACAUUUGGCCUGAUACCGGAAUAUUAUUUAAUUUGGUAUUUUAAAAAAAACACCAAAACAACUAGCCACAGUAAUGGGGUUAACACAGCCACCUGUCAGGAACAUGUGCAGUAGUGCUUGUUUUAUUUAUUAUAGCAUUUAUGCUCACACCACCCCUGGUCCAGCGGCUGUGUGUGUGAAGUGUAAGAUUGUGUUGACACAGCACUUUAUGUAGACAAACUAGUCUACUUCAUUUAACGCUUCUGAAUCGAAGUGCCAAGUUUGCAGUUUGAGAUUAGCCUUGAGAGAUGCCAAACACAGCGCUGCAUUUAAGCAACAAAGUUGAAAACAGCUGAUUCUCCCCACAUCUACAUGAUUUUAAAAGUAAAAUGCAAAAGCAGCAUAGUUAUGUUUCAGAAGGUAUAAAUGUAGAUACUUGCACCAAAGAGCAGUUUAAAAAUGAGAGCUUUUAAUAUCUGAAUGUCAUUGUUGAUGAAUGUCAUGUCAACAGGUUUUGUUCCAUUGUUCACCAAGUGUCUAAUAUUCAUCUUUAUGUGCUCAGUUUCAAGUUUUGUCAUCAUUUGGCAGCUUGUUAACAUACAACACCUCUGUCUGUAUAUACAGUAUACAUACACACACACAUAUAUAUAUAUAUAUAUAUCAGUGCAGCUCACAUGUUGUCAAAUGUGACAAUUACAUAUAAAAACUGUAAAAAACGGUGUAAAUUUGGGAUAACUUGCGUUCAGUUUCUAAUCCAGUCAUCUGAUUUUGAGGUUAAAAUCAAUUGCACUAGCAUUAAUAACAUGCAUCGUAGUGUUUUUGUAUAUAGCUGAUUGUUCUGACCAUCCAAUCAAAUGUAAUAUAUAUUUUUACUGUCUUUUUAAAAUCAUGCCUUAUUUAACACUUUUCAUACUCUCCUAUGCAAUUUACUGACUGAAUGAAUGCCUUGUCAGUUUAACCCUUACAUACUGUUCAUAUUAUGACCCCUCACUGUAUGGAGCCGCUCAUUUUUGAAUAUUCCCUUUAUAAUUAGUUCCCAUACCAAAUUUUUAACAAAUAUAUUUUGCAUCCAUAGAUAUGGUCGUUCAUUUAUUGAAAAAAUACAUUCACAUGUUGACAGCCAUAAUUAUUUCAUAUAUUAUACAUUUAUUGAAAGUGAAGGAUGCAACAACAUUUUAAUGCCAGGUUUCAUUAUUACCAUUAAAACCAUCAAUAAUAACUGGCCCAGCUGCACGAAAGAAUAAAAUAAAAUAUAAUAAAUAAAUUCAGGCUUAAAGAAUGUCAGAGUGUUUUCAUUGCUUUCAAAAAUCAAAUUUGACCCAAACAGGAUGUGAGGGUUAAACCAUCAUUGUAAUCGAUUAAUGCAUUUUACAUCAUCACCAUGCCAACGCAAAGAACAAAUAAAUGUUUUUCAUGAUUUCAACAUCUUGCGCUUUGUUUUUU